GAUGUAAGGUGGGGGUGUUGCAUUAGUCGCUGAUUGACGCGGUCAGUGCAUUGCUUGCUAAGAUUUUCACGAUAAGGAUGUUUAUUCGUCCUCUGAGUCGCUCCCUGCGUAAAUAUCUCGUGCCACAGCGUCCCUUCACCUCAGCAUCCUUCUACGAUGAUCUCUACGAGAAGACAAAGCUAAAGUACAAGUCUAAGAAAUUGCCAAAAGACGUUAAUCUCCGCGGGGUAUUUGCGUGCAAUGAAUUGGAUCUGGGAGAGGUGGAAGUAUAUGGCUUCGACUAUGACUACACUCUGGCAUGCUACAAGCCCUCCCUGGAUUGCCUACUCUACGACCUAGGACGGGGGCGACUCAUAGACGAAUACAAGUAUCCUGCGGGAAUUUCGAGUCUUCCCUAUCGUCCGGAUUUUACAAUCCGUGGCCUCCACUAUGACAUUGAGCAAGGGCUGCUAAUGAAGUUGGAUUCAUUUCUGCAAAUUCAACUGGGUACAGUCUAUCGUGGCUUGACCCCACUCUCAGAUGCCGAAGUCCUGCGAAUUUACAAGAAUCGCAUCCUGUCCAUUGCCUACGUCGAAGGGAAUUCCAAAUUAACCGAUAGCCGACCGAAAAUGAUGCAACUGGCGGAUCUCUUUUCCGUACCAGAGAUGUGCCUCCUAUGCAAUGUGGCGGAAUAUUUUGAAAGGAAUCACAUUGAUUACCAUCCUGAGAUUCUUUUUCGUGAUGUCAAGAAUUCUAUACGAGUCUCCCAUGGGCUUAUGCAUGGGAUUGUAAUGAAGAAUGUGCAUGAGUACGUGGAGCAAAAUAAGGAGUUAAUCACCUUCUUUGAGCGUCUCACAGCGGCAGGGAAGAAACUCUUCUUGGUCACCAAUAGUCCCUUUCAGUUUGUCAAUACGGGCAUGAAGGCACUAAUUGGGAGUGAGUGGAAGGAUUUCUUUGACGUGGUCAUCGUGCAGGCACGCAAGCCGCGCUUCUUCACGGAAACCACGAGACCCUUUAGGUUGCUGGACGAGAAGACGGGUACCCAUCUGUGGGAUCGUGUGUCACGCCUGGAGAAGGGUCGUGUCUACUACGAGGGCACUGUGAAGCAACUGCAGGAAUUGACGGGCUGGAAUGGGCAUCAGGUACUCUAUUUUGGGGAUCAUCCCUACAGUGAUCUCGCUGAUGUUACAUUGGAGCACGGAUGGCGCACGGGGGCCAUCAUAAGUGAGUUGUCGCAUGAAAUUGAGACACUCAACAAUCCGGAAUUCAAGCAGAACGCCAAUUGGUUGCAGAUGCUCACGCAGUUGAUUGAGGAUCAUCAGGAUCGGGACACCGAGGAAGCCACAAAGGCACUAAAGCGCUGGAUGGAUGAACGUGAUCACCUCCGGAAUGCCAUUAAGGUGAUCUUCAAUAAGCAGUUUGGAUCCGUCUUCCGUACCUACAACAACCCCACGUAUUUCUCACGGAGACUCUUCCGCUUCUCUGACAUCUACACAUCAAAUGUAACGAAUCUCCUCCACUACGGUGUGGAUCAUACAUUCUACCCACGACGAGGUGUUAUGCCCCACGAAUAUAUCUCAUACUUUAUGUGAAUCCUCACUUUUGCGAAUUUAAGGAGUAGCUCUCUAUAUUUUGUGCUUUACAACACAUUAAUUGUGACGCCAUUGGACAAUAAUUGCCAAUUUAAUGCUUUAUUUUUGAUAGAAAAUCUUUUCUUUUUUGUAUUAGCUCUAAUCCCCGCAUGAGAAGUAUUUUAUAUAGUAUUUUUUUGUUGUUGUUAUUCUCAUUUUACUCUGUAAAUAAAGUGCAAAUUGCGUAAUAAAAAAA